AUGUACCGAGUGAAAAAAAUAGAUCUUUUGGAAGUGUGGCUACAUGGGGCCGAUAAAGUUGAGAAAAACAGGAAUGUUUUAAGUUUUGUAACUGAGAAGUUUAAGAAUAAUAAAGACAUACUAUCAGGCACUAUGGAAAAAAAGAUUAAUCGACUGUGUAUAAAUUUUGAAGCAAGAUGGCAGGCGGUUUCGCGUCGAAAAGAUUUCUUUUUAAAACAAAAUGCUGACUGGCUCAAGGAGGAUUUUAUCCUUGAAGUAAGUGAACCCCUUCCAUCCACAUCAUCUGCCGGGCGCCCACGAUUAUUUUUUUCGGAGCAAUCCCCCAGAACUCAAAGGAGAACGGCCUCAAAGGUUUCCGAGGAACAUAAGCAGGACUGGGCUUUACUUGUGCAGGCUGCUGUUAAAGCGGCACGGCAACAAAAAAAUAAAGAUGUAGCAAUAGUUUUACAGGAAAUCGUGAAAUCUCCCACGCAACCUUCAAAAAUAAAAAAACUCUUUUCUUCAUCGGAAACUCCGAUAAUUGCCUAUACCGCAGAGGAAGCACUGGAACUUAUCUUAGAUUCUAGAUUAAGCAAACAGCAAUAUUUAGAUAUAAGACGCGGCGCCAUUCAGAAAAAUUGUAACAUCUACCCAGAUUACAAAAAAAUAUGGCAAAUUAAAUCUAGCUGCAGACCAAGUGGAAUUCAGGUCACAGAAGUUAUUGCAGAAGUUCCUUUAAAGAAUCUUCUGGAACACACAACAAAACGAAUAAUAAAUUUGCAAAAAGAUGUUAUUUUACAGUUUAUGGAUUCCCUGAGCAUGGCAGAAAUAGACGCUGAAAUAAUUUUUAGUUAUGGAUUUGAUGGUAGUUCAGGAUUUUCCGUAUAUAAACAGAAAUUUGACAGUUCCGAUACCCAAUCGGAUGCUUCGCUGUUCGCUACUACAAUAGUUCCUUUGCGCUUCCAGUCUAUGAAUAUAGUUUUGUGGAAUAAUAGAACUCCACAGUCUGUGAGAUUCUGUCGCCCUCUAAAACUUGAAUUUGUUAAAGAAACUUCUGAACACAUUCUCAAAGAAAAAAUUGGACUCGAUUUACAAAUUCAACAACUAGAUAUUUUAAGAAUAGAGCUAGAACCAAGUAAAGUAAUAAAAAUCACCUUCCAGCUUUUUAUGACUCUUAUAGAUGGCAAAGUUCUUAACACGCUAACAGGGAAUAAAUCCAGUCAAUCUUGCCCAAUAUGUAAAGCUACCCCAAAAAGCUUUCUUCAGAUACAGCCUGAAAGUUUUCAAAGGUCCGAAGUAUACAAUCCCAAGCCUGGCACGUUACAGUAUGGUAUAAGCCCCUUGCAUGCAUGGAUCAGGUUUUUUGAAUGUAUCGUACACAUUUCAUAUAGAUAUGAUCUACGAGAAUGGCAGAUUAGAGGAGAAAAUAACAAAAAAAUAUUUAAUGCCAGAAAAAAAAUUGUACAAGAUCGGUUUCUAAAAAAACUUUCACUACAUGUUGAUAAGCCCAAACCCAAUGGAUUCGGAAGUACAAACGAUGGAAAUACCGCAAGAAGGAGUUUCAAGGACACGAGAUUUUUUUCUGAAAUAACAGACGUUAAUGAAAAAUUGAUAAACAAUUUUAAAAACAUUUUAAUUUGCUUGUCGUGUCAAUGUGAAAUUGACACUGAAAAAUUUCAAGAAUAUUGCAACGAAACACCAAAACUUUAUAUGUCAGAGUAUCCUUGGUAUCCAAUGCCAGCUACUGUACACAAAGUACUUGUACAUGGAAAAGCUAUCCUAGAUAAUAGUAUAUUGCCGGUUGGAUAUUUUGGAGAAGAGGGAUCAGAGGGCAGAAACAAGCUAUAUAAGCAGGACAGACAAUUUCAUGCAAGAAAAACCAGCAGAAAACAUAAUUUAGAAGACAUUUUCUCUAGGGCCUUGGAUACUUCAGAUCCUAUAAUAUCUAGCAUUAAUCUAGAAAAAAGAAUAGGCCACCAAACUAAAUUAAGUUAUCCUGCUGAAGUACUUAGCCUACUUCGUGCACCUAAAUUUAUCGAAAAGAAUGUGAGUGAAGAACAAUUUGAAGAGGAGAAUGAAAAAGAAGAGGAAAAAGAGGAGCGAGAGCAAGAAGAAGGAGAAGAAGAAGAAGGAGAAGAAGAAGAGCAAAAAGAAGGAGAAGAAGAAGAGCAAAAAGAAGGAGAAAAAGAGCAAGAAGAUAUUUCCAAAGAAGAUUUUUUUUUGCAGAGCAAUAUUCCAAUGCUUAAUCAACUUUCCUUUCUGGAACUAGAUGCAGAAGACGAUUCCUAG